AUGUUCAGGAAUCAAUAUGACAAUGAUAUCACGACAUGGUCUCCACAAGGACGUAUACAUCAAGUCGAAUAUGCACUAGAAGCUGUCAAGCAAGGAUCUGCUGCUGUGGGACUGCGCUCAAAAACUCAUGUUGUUCUCCUAUCAUUAAAAAGAUCUCCAAGUGAACUGGCUUCAUCCCAAAAGAAGCUCGUACGAGUUGAUGACCACUUGGGUAUUGCUUUUGCUGGAUUGACUUCAGAUGCUCGUGUAUUGAGUAACUUUAUGAGAACUGAAGCUAUGCGUUCUCGCAUGGUGUACAACCGGCCUAUACCCAUCUACCGAAUUGUCGCUGCAAUUGGUGACAAGGCACAAGUCAACACUCAACGAUAUGGAAGGAGGCCAUAUGGUGUUGGAUUGUUGGUUGGUGGAUAUGAUGAAACUGGUCCACACUUGUACGAAUGCUCUCCAUCUGGGAACUUUUUCGAAUACAUUGCAAUGAGCAUUGGAGCACGAUCACAAUCAGCAAAGACUUAUUUGGAGAAACAUUACUUGAGUUUUGCUGAUGCAUCACGAGACGACCUUGUAGUCCACGGACUCCGAUCUCUCCGUGACACACUACAACAAGACAAAGAACUCGACACCACAAACUGUUAUCUAGCAAUCACAGGCAAAGACAACAAGUUUGAAAUCGUGGAAGGUGAUGCCUUGACAAAGUUCUUGAAUGUAUUGCGAACUACUGAUGGUGUCGUUGGAACUGCCCCUACUGGAGAUGAACCUACUGCUCCAUCUGGUGAUGAUUCGGUUGUGCCUAUGGAAACUGAAUAA